AUGUCCUCAACCCCUGCUGUUGAUAUCGUUGAGCCUUCAUCGGAGCCGGAGCGCGAUCUUCACCGGAGACUGCGGGAGCGGUUUCGCAUGGUAGCCGAGACGAUUGAGACAGACGCAGCAGACGACGACACCUUCUACGAGGUUCGGGUAGACAUGGCGGACGCGGAAGAGAAUAGGAUCUUGAAUGAAAUUGGAAAACCGUCACUCGAUGGUUUGCCUGCGAGCAUCAAUGAACCGACAAUCGACAAUAAUAAUUUCGAGAUCAAGGCUGGCACCAUAUCGAUGUUGCAGAAUGCGGUGCAGUUUUAUGGCAAGGAUCACGAGGAUCCUAGUGUUCACAUCACGGGGUUUCUAUUGGUUUGUGCCACAUUUAGGAUUUGUGAUGCAUCACCGGAUGCUAUCCGCCUUCGGCUCUUUCCGUUUUCCUUACGGGAUGGAGCCAAGGAGUGGCUUCUUUCACUUCCAGCUGGAUCUAUCACUACAUGGAAUCAAUUAGCUGAGAAGUUCUUUCAGAAAUAUUUCCCUCCAAAGAAAACUAUUCGGUUGAGAACCAAGAUUCUGAACUUUCGUCAGGACGAGGACGAGUCCCUUUACGAGGCAUGGGAGCGGUUUAAAGAGCUUAUGAGAAAGGUCCCACAUCACGGGUUGCCCAAGUGGCAACAAUGUCAGAUCUUCUAUCAUGGUUUGGACAGUCAGGGACAGAUGAUGGUUGAUACCUACUCGGGUGGUGAUAUCGGCACGAAAAAUGCCACCGAGGCAUUUGAGAUUCUUGAGAAGUGUGCCGCGAAAAAGCGGACGCAACAGCCCCCGAGGGGAAAGAGUUCUCGGCAGGGAGUUCAUCAUGUGGACGACUACACAGCCAUGACAGCACGUAUGGAUGCCUUAUCUUCGAAAUUUGAUCGAGUGAUGGAAAUGCACUCGAGAGGUUCUUCGAGUGGGGGAGCAUAUCAGGUAGGUGAUUUUCCGACGGGAGAGAUGUCACACCAGCAUGUUGAUUUCAUGGGAAACCAAUACCGUCCUCAAAACAAUCCCUACAGCAAUACUUAUAAUCCGGGGUGGAAGAAUCAUCCAAACUUUAGUUGGAAGCCCGAUGCUUCUAACCAGCAUCCACCCGGAUUUGCUCCACGUCCCACAGCUCCGACUCAUGGAGCAUAUGGUCCACCUCGACCUCAGCAGACGCCUUCCUCUAGCGAUCCUAGUGUGCAUGAUAUGCUUAGUCAAAUCUUAGCUGGUCAAAACACUCAAAAAGCGGAGAAUGAGAAGCGCUUUAGGGAGUAUGACAGCCGUUUCACGAGGCACGAGACAAAGGCCAUCACGUUGAGAAGCGGCAAGACCGCUCAAGCCAUCCCUCCGGCUGUUUCAGAAAAGCCAGUCGAUGACGAGGAGGUUGAUGAGGAGAUUGAGGCUGAGUCUCCGGGUGAGGUGCAACAGAGGCGAGUCCCAGCAAGUACCGCACGACCCAAGGAGCCAGUGAGAGAGUAUGUCCCUCCCAUUCCAUAUCCGGGGAGGUUGAAGAAGCAGAAAAUGGAAGAACACUAUGGUAAAUUCCUCGAGCUUUUUAAGCAACUUCAUAUAAAUUUACCAUUUGUCGAGGCACUUGCUUAA